AUGAAUAGUAAUAAUACUGCCGCUGGUGGACAGUCCCCAGCACUGUCGUCGACGAGUCCUCAUCUCGCCGCGGGCCUGUCACCGUCGCCUGUCGGCUCUGCACACCAGCUUCCACUGCGCCGUCGAGAAAAUGUGGUCCAGCCGCCAGCUUUGACAACAUCCUUGAGCGGUCCUCACCACUUGGGCGGUGUUGGAGUCGGGAGUGCAUAUACUCCGACUCCCACCACCUCGCUUUCCAGCCCGUUCUCGCAGUCCCAGUCUCCCUAUCUGCCUUCUCCUGGAGGCGCAGCCAGAGGCUCGUCCCCAAUGGCUCUGAGAGCGCCGUCUUCCUCUCCGUAUACCGCUCCCUACAACCCUCAAGAAUGGGGUCCUGUAGGUGGUGGCAGCUCACCCCAGCUUGGACAAGUCGCCUAUGCGCAGUCGAACAAUGGAGCCCGUCUGAUGCAGCCUCCGCCUCCGCCGCGGCCUUCAGAUACCCCGUCAUCACCACCUCCGCCAUAUUCACCUCCUGGUCAGCGCCCACCAUCGCAGCCCAAUGCGCCGAAUCAGACAACCUCGCCGUCAGAAACAGCGUCCUUUGCAGCAGCACCAUUUCCUCAGUAUGGCAGUCAUACCAGCACGGCACCUGGGUUCUCUAGACCGCUUUCGAUGGUACAAAUGGGCGAUUCUGGUGUCUCGUUUCUUCCUCCCCCGCCGCCUCCUCCCCCAGGAGGUCCAGGCUCCCGUUCCUCUUCCCGUUCCCGGAACGGACAUCAUCAUGGUGCCUUUGAGCCCACUGGUGCUCCUCGUCAAUCACCCCCCUCCAUAUAUCACCAGUCCGGGAACAUUGGUCAGAACGACCCGUCCUUGCGUCCUCCAUCUUCCAGGAGGGCAGCGUCCACGGGAGCUAUCCACAGUGACAGCUCAUCGAGGGCAACAAGCACAUCACAUAGCCGGUCACCGCCGAGACGGAGUUGGGAGCCUGGAAUGCCCCUACCACCGCCUCCUCCAGGGCCCCCUCCCACAACCAGAUCGCAAAGCGUGCGUGUUUCGUCAGAGACAUCUUCGAGGCCUGUUGCACACCCUGUUCCUUUAUCACAGGGCCGGCGGCAUCCAGUCCUAGGGACGGGACUCGACCGCGUUCCACCAACGCCAGCUGGCUGGGUGGUUGAAGACCCGCCCUCAACCAGAGACGGAGCAUCCAGCAGCUCCCAUGCGGUAACAGAGACGCAGUCUCAGCCGUCGGGCGAUUCUUCUUCCGCUGCCUACAAGCCUACGACUGGUGGGCUCUUUCGUAGCCCAGCAAUUAGAGACACCGGUAUCAAAGGUAUACGCGAGAGACGAGUCGAAAGCAGACAUAGGAGACUUCAAGCCUCUGAGGACCUCAGCCCUGGUUCUGCAAGCAGUAAUCCGUGGGCAGAUGCAUUGGAGCGGGUGACCCCGUCAAAUCUCGUUCUUGCUGCAGCCGAAGAAACCGGUGACGGCACGAGCAAUCGUCGUCGUGCAGUGCCCAAGCCUUCUCCGCUGAGCGCCCGCAGUGCUGCGUCGGAUGGUCCGCUGGAAACAGGCCGAUCAAGAGCCUCUUCUGGGCUCUUUUCCAAUCGAUCGUCAUUUUCCACUCCCAGGCCCGAGCCCCAAGCUGUGCUUUCUCGCCAUGAAAUCGCGCAUACCCCUCCUUUUUCUCCGGGCAGGGAGCAACAUUCCCCAACCUUCGCCAAGGAAGGGUCGCAUGGUGUGCCUCCAAAGGCUCUUCCAACGCCACCGCCGCAAUUCGCCCAGGAUUUGAGACCCCCAUCCCACUUGGCAGCCAAACAAGGUGAGGAUCGCCCAGUGUCUCAUUUACUUCAUCUGCCUAAUGAUCCGGUACCGAUGCCGGCGCCCCUCUCACCGCGACGCGUCCCGACGCAACAGCCCUCGUCUUCCGAUUCUGCUAUUCGGCGGGGCCCCGAUUUUUUGCGCGAGGCCCUGCAGAGAUAUCAGGAAGUACUUGAGAAAGAAGCAUCUGCUUCAAGCGACGCGGAAGCGUUGAAGAUUUUUGCAGAAUUUGUUAUCUCUGAGUCGAGCCUCCGGCGUGAAUGGUAUUCCGAUGCAUUCGUUGCCAACUCUUUGGAUGUUGAAGAAGUGGGCAAGAGACUAUUUGAGCUUCCAGUGAAAAAGUCUGAUCAGCCUGAGCCUCCUCGUCUAGACACCUCGCUCCGAGCUUCGAUUCAUUCUUUGAGCGGGGACAGCAGUGCCGGUGGAGUAGCACCUUCACGUCCUGAGUCUGCCUGGUGGAGCAGCUAUCAGCCUUGCCUCUCUCCAAUUGCAAGCAUCAGUAUUGACACCGAGAUGAGUUCUAGAGGCCGUCCCCCAAGCCGUUGGUGGGAGUCCAAAACCUCUAGCAGCGAGGGCGGCGAACGCAAAGUGCAACGGUCAAAACGGGAAUCCAAGUACAUGGGGGUCUCGCGUGAACUGCGCGAGGCCAUGCAACGGGGAUAUAAUGAGACUCUGGUGGAAGCAGAGGAAGAAAACCACGCUGGAGCCUCCAAGUCUCAAGCUUUCAACUAUGGACCAAACGAGUAUCCACCCGAAAAAGUUGGAUGGCACGAGCCAGAGCCACAGUCUCAUCAGUCGACAGGUGCGACCAUAGCAACCCCCAGCCUUUCUUCGCAGCCGCAGAAGAUGGAUAUCUCCAGACUCAUCACUCUUCCGCCACCAUAUCCGCGGCACUAUCCUGCUGUGAACAACAGUCAUCCAGACCUGAUCACUUAUCGGACAACCGUCAGGUCCAUCAGUGAUCUCUCUGAGAUCAGGGCGACGAGACAUCGUCACCAGGUCCACAUAGAUCAGCUGCAGCAGGAGCACCAAGCCAAGAUUCAAGAGGGUCGUCGACAGUUCAAAUCCAACAUCCAGCAGCAGAUCGAGCAAGGAAGCAUCACAUUCGCGGAAGCCGCUGAGGCCGAAGCUGCCCUUGGAGUUGACGAGAAACGACUGGAAAAGGAAUUGGUGCAAGCUGAGUUCGAUUCUUAUCAGGAAACGGUGCUGAAACCAAUGCACGCUAUCCUGACUGAUCGGGUGAAGAGGGCAACUGAGUGCAUCGAUGAGCUUAGCAGCAAGCUCGCCGACGCCGCGCAGCACAAUACGCCGGAUCAAACCCAAGAGGAGGGUGAUGAAGAGCCGGAAUUAUUAGAGAAGCUCACACAACUUAAAUGGCUAUUCGAGGCGCGCGAGCAGCUUUAUCGUGAGAUUUACGAGCUCCUCAGUGAGAGUAACGAGAAGUACCGGGCCGUCGUUACGCUGCCGUAUAAGCAGAGCAAGAAUGAAGACAAGAUCCGGGAGACCGAUCACUUCUUUAUCAAGGACGCGAUGGAUCGCCGGGUUCAGUACGAGGCAGACGCUCUUGCUCGCCUGGAGACGUUUAUGGAUGUGGUGGAGGAAAACGUCAAGCGCGGAGUCGAGACGCAUCUCUCAGCAUUCUGGGACAUUGCGCCAUCUCUCCUUGUCCUGGUGCAGCAGAUUCCGGAGAACCUUCAAGGCUUUCAGGUCCAGAUCCCGGCUAGCGAAUACGAGGAGAACCCCAGCUAUCACCAGUUCCCUCUCCAGUACUUGUACUCGCUCCUCACACACGCGGAAAAAUCGUCCUACCAGCUUAUCGAGUCACAAACGAACCUGCUCUGCCUUCUUCACGAGGUCAAGUCCGCUGUCAUGAGUGCGAAUUGCAAAUUGAUGGAGGCGCAGCGCAUCCGCCAUGGGGAGCCUGAAGACGUGGUCCGACGUGAGAUGCAAGACUGGCGUGCCCAAGAGGAGCGUGAGCUGACGGCCGAUCUGAAAGAUCGCGUAGCGACUGUAGAAGGGCAGUGGACGGAGGCUCUGGGAAGCCAGAUUCAAGCCCUCCGGGAGCGGGUGAAGGACCAGCUUAUUGCCGAAGGUGGCUGGGAAGAGAUGGAACAGCUGGUGUAG